AUGUUUCCUGAACCGAUAAUCCAAUGGUAUCGAACGGUGUACCCUGAAUGUUCUGAUCCUAUUGCUUUGCUUAUUAAUGCCGUUUUAUUUCGGCCACCUGCUCUUACGACAAUCAGAGUAGAUCUGAGCAAAUACGUCUCGCUCAACUCAGCAUUGGAUGAAGUGCGUUCUGAGUUAAAAUCCUUACAUCAAAGCCUUGUCGAUAUGACAGAUAUUGGGGUUUCAGGCUUUAUUUCCAAAUUUGAUGCAUGGAUUGAUGCAGAGAAAUUUCCAGAAGUGAUUUUUAUCUGCACCCGAACACCAGCUGCAGAGGUUCAAUGUGAUCUCCCAAAUGUGAUUGUCGAUAAGCAUACAGGUCAGGCUGUAUGUAGGGGAGCUAAUGUUUAUGCCCCCGGAAUUAUUACGGCCGAUAGUUUUUGCCGCUAUAAUUCACAAAGGAACCUGGUAAAUGUGUUUGUAGAGAAAACAUCUCAUUUUUUAGUUGGAGAGCGGGUUCGUUCGCUGGAAAACUUGGUUUUCCUUGGCCUCGGUAUCCCAGCUACUCCAUCAAGAGAGGCUAUUAUGAAGCUAAAAUUGGAAAAGACAAGAAAUGGCGUUCCGGCUGUCCAAAUGCUGACAGCUUUAUUUCCCAUAACAUCUCGGUCUUCUCACUUUUAUCUUCAGAAUCUUCCUUCCAUAGUUACCUCAAGAGUCCUCUUUAAUGCAUGCAAGCGACGGGAUGGAAGGGUUUUAGAUGCUUGUUCUGGCUACGGGGGUAAAACCAAACACCUAUCUGAGUUAUUCCCGAAAGCUCAAAUAGUAGCUGUUGAGCAUUCCCGUCCAAAAGUAGAGGCGUGCGAAAAUCUACUUCAAUCCUCAAAUUGCACGAACAUCACGGUUAUCAAGGGAGAUGUGGUCAAGUUAUCUCAGGAUCCGUUUGAUGCAAUUCUAUUAGACCCUCCGUGUUCUGGAAUUGGGCAGCGACCUAUUUUUUCCUCCGAAUCAAUUGAAAAUUCGUCUGCCCCAUGGAGAGGCGAAAACUUUUCCUCAUAUCAGAAGCGUCUUUUGAAAAGUGUCUGUGACAUGUUAAUCGUUGGAUCUCCACUUGUUUAUUCUACAUGCACGCUUUCUCCCGCUGAAAAUGAAGAGGUCGUGUCCUGGGCACUUUCCAAUCUACCGCUUUGUCUGGAAGAAAUUUGCGUUCCACUUCAAGUAAGAAGAGGUAUUCCAGAGCCUUACACUUCACUCUCUUUUGAGUAUGCACAAAAGUGUGUUAGAUUUGUCCCUGAAAUUGAUUAUGACCCUAGUGAAAAGCACAUGCUAAUGAUGGAUUCUAUUGCCUUCUUCAUUGCAUGUUUUAUCAAAAGGGAGCCGUUGUAA